AUGGCCCUUGAAAAUAAAGCCAAUGCGGAUGACACCGUCCCUUCCUCAUCGAGCCGCGUGAUUCGUACUACUGGCAAACUGAAUCCAGAAGAUUGCCCCAAAUCUGCCUCUCCAGAGCGCCGUGCCUUGUUGAAGAAGAAACUUUUGGACGAAAACAUUCCCCCGCUGCGAGAGCCUCACGUCCUGGAACUACACGCGUCACUCGUGGCUUUUUCCAUCUUGACAUCAUCCUCCAUAAGUCAACAUAAAUGGCUGUGGUAUUCAUUUAAAACACCACGGAGAAUUGGAGACUUUGACACGAUUGACCAGGCAUCUCGAGGAGCUUGGGGCAACGCAUGCCUUCCGUUCAACCUCAAAGGGCUUCUUCAUAUUGCGAUAUUCGGUGCGGUAUUGACGAUCUUGACUCUUGCAUUCGAUGUAUUCACCCAGUAA